AUGUUUCGUCGUAUUGCUCGAAGCACCUCUUUCAUUGCGGCAUGUCAGUCCCGCCACACGACCAUUCUUUCUGUGCGGAAGGGUGACACAGUCGUGCUUAUUGGGGACCGCCAGGUCACCCUCGGCGAGCGCAUUGUGGCCAAGUCCAGCGCCUGCAAGCUGCGGAAAAUCAAUGAUGAUAUCGUGAUUGGCUUUGCUGGUAGCACCGCGGAUGCCAUCGCGUUGAUGGAAAAGCUCGAGAACAAAGUCGGCGAGUUUCCGAACCAGCUCACCCGUGCGGCGGUGGAGUUGGCGAAGGACUGGCGCACCGACCGCGCGCUGCGCCGCCUGGAGGCUUCUCUGAUCGUCUGCGGCCGCGAGGAGACGCUGGAGAUUGACGGCCAGGGGAACGUCAUCACGCCGGAGAGCGACGGCAUCGUGGCGAUUGGGUCGGGCGGCACGUUUGCCAAGGCGGCGGCGCGGGCGCUGAUCGACGUCGACGGCUACGAUGCGGAGAAGAUCGCCCGCAAGGCGAUGCGCAUUGCCACUGAGAUUGACGUCUUUAGCAACGAGCACUGGGACGUCGAGAUCCUCGCGCGGCGCCCGCCAGCCCCCGCAGCCGCCGCGCCCGCAGAGGAGGAGAAGAGCGCCUGA